UAAUUUUACAUUUAAUAUAUCGUUUUUCUUUAAGUUUGAAGAAAAAAUUGAAUACGCAAAAAAACGAAACCAAAAGAGAUUCAGCCCACCAACACCCGAUAAACGCCACCCAUCAGAGAAUUUCGUUUGCGAAAAAGAGUUGAUUAAAUCGGAGAAAAAAGGGAUCAAACAUCAAGAGAGGAUUCGAAAGUUGGGUUUCCUGGGCGAUCGGUUCUCUGUCCGGAAAGAUCGGAACGUUGUUGGGAGGUGGGUUCGUGUUUGAAUGGCAGAACAAGGGCAAGGAAACAUGGACCCUGCCGUUCUCGACGACAUCAUCCGACGUUUGUUGGGUUACAGAAACCCUAAGCCUGGGACGAAGCAGGCGAUGCUCAGCGAGGCUGAGAUCCGACAGCUUUGUCUCGUUUCCAGAGAAAUCUUCCUUCAACAGCCCAAUCUUCUCGAGCUGGAAGCUCCCAUCAAGAUCUGUGGUGAUAUUCACGGCCAAUAUUCGGAUCUUCUGAGGCUUUUUGAGUAUGGGGGCUUCCCUCCCACGGCAAACUAUUUGUUCUUAGGGGAUUACGUGGACCGUGGCAAGCAGAGUUUGGAGACUAUUUGUCUUUUGCUCGCCUACAAAAUCAAAUACCCGGAAAACUUCUUUCUCUUGAGAGGAAACCAUGAAUGUGCCUCUAUUAACAGAAUCUACGGGUUCUACGAUGAAUGUAAACGCCGAUUCAGCGUGAGACUAUGGAAAAUGUUCACUGAUUGUUUUAAUUGUCUUCCUGUGGCUGCUGUCAUUGACGAUAAGAUAUUAUGUAUGCAUGGAGGUCUUUCCCCUGACUUAACCAACGUGGAUCAGAUUAAGAACAUUCAACGUCCAACUGAUGUUCCUGAUUCUGGUUUGCUCUGUGACCUACUUUGGUCCGAUCCCAGCAAAGAUGUCAAAGGCUGGGGAAUGAAUGAUCGUGGAGUCUCUUACACUUUUGGACCCGACAAAGUCGCUGAAUUUCUAAUAAAGAACGAUAUGGAUCUCAUCUGCCGUGCCCACCAGGUUGUAGAAGAUGGGUAUGAAUUCUUUGCUGAUAGACAGCUCGUUACCAUAUUCUCUGCUCCCAAUUACUGCGGCGAGUUUGACAAUGCUGGUGCGAUGAUGAGUGUUGAUGAAAGUUUAAUGUGCUCUUUCCAAAUUCUUAAGCCCGCUGAUCGGAGGCCUCGGUUCUUAUGAAGAAAAGAGUUCAUCAAUGAUCAAGUUAAGACUUGUGGCGGAAAUAAGAGGAGAAGAGGUGGUGUGUGCAUACAGAGCGGGGGAGGCAGGUUUUUCUGGAGUUGCAAAGGCAACAUGUUUUUUUUACAUGUUAUCAUCAUCGUCAUUAGUUGACACACCGCCCAUUUGUCAUGUGAAACGAUUGUGUUGUAUGGGUUGACUCAAAAAGCCUGCGGGCUUUAUUCUUCUAUCAAUUGGAAUUUGAGAUAAA